AUGGAAGAGAUCAGUUUCGAAGGUUUCAUUUAUGAUUGUUCAGAGAACAGUAUACGAAUGAUUUAUUGUUCUGUGAUUGGUGAAGUAUGCAUCGAUGAAACAACAGAAGUAAUUAGCAGAAGCAGGAAGCCAGCUGUUGGAAUGUGGUGUACAUUUAAAGCAUCCUGUCAGGAAGAUGGAAAAUGGUUUACCCGAAUGGUUGUAUUAAUGCCGUGUCCACGAUUGAAAUGCGUUAUGAGAGAGAAUGAAUGUAUUGUUAAAGGAACAGCAAUUGUGUGCAAUAUAAACGGUGAUUCGGGUUAUCUCUGGAAUGACUACAUCGGAUUGAUUGCUAUUGAAGGACAAAUGGUAUAUCAGCUGAAACCAUUAAUCUGUGUUCAAUUUCAGGCAGUACCACUCAAGAAAAAUGGUACACCAGCUUAUUUUAUGGCUAAAGAAGUCAGUAUUGAAUUGGAAAGUAUAUUUCAAUCUGAAAUUCUGCUUUUCACACAGAAAGCUAAGAUAAAAACAGAUGGUCAAGCCUAUGUAUCGGACUGUAUUAUUACUUUAUUGGACAUAGCAUAUUCCGAUCAACUCACUGCUCCUGCAACGAUGUCAAUCCUUUAUUACAAAACGUACAGUGAUAGUGCUUUUGGCGUUGGUAUUUAUGCAACUACCGACAGUAAUAUUGUUGCUGGAAUUAAAGAUGGUUUUUUUACAACUAAACGAUGUUUCGAAACAUGUGCUGAACAAAGAGAAAUUGAACUAUUCGAGGACGCGCUUGAAAAUCUGACUGUGACAUCGAACAAGUUGCCAGCUAUCGAUGAUGAAAUGCCGAUUAUAAAAAUCGAUAUAUCACCAACUGAGGACAUGAUCGAAUUUGCGGAGGACAAGAAAAAUGAUCAUUCUUCAAAAGUGGUUAAUCCGUUAGCUGAUGAUUGCAACUCUUUGACGAAUCAAAGUUCCGAGUCAUGUUUAGUUAAUUUUUGUAUUUCGGACUCUGAUGAUAAGCUUUCCUCCAGUGCAUUUGCUCAAGAGGAAAUGGUUGAUAAAACGAGCUCGUCGGAAGACAGUAUUCCAGCUGAGCUAAAAAAGGAAUUCAUGAAGUUAAACGAGGAAGAUAUAUGGGAUAAUGAAUUCAUUGAGCAUUUACAACAUAAGAUAAAGGAGGUGAAACAUACUCAGAAUAGUACUGAAAACAAUAAGGAAGAAUACGAUGAGUUGAAAGAUUAUGCAGAACAGAGACCUACAUCAGUGCGACGACAUGCACAAAACAUCGAGGCUACAAAGACUACAGCUAAGUGGGUAGAUGAAAUGGAUAAACUCUGCAUUAAAGUGCUUUCAAAUGCUCGCCUUCGUAAUUUUGUAAGCGUGAAUAAAAAUGGAAAUGCUCUUCUUCGUGAUAUAAUGCAUUAUUUAGAAUAUCAAAUGACAAUGGAGGAUGUGAAUGAAAAACUUGGAAUUCCACUUUCUGAAGUAACGUCUGAAUGUUUCAAUAUUGUGCACGAGGAACGAGCGCUCGAAAUAUGUCGAAAACUUAUGAAAAUGAACGGUUUCGAACGAGUUGCUAAUAGCAAAAUUCCAAAAAUACCAAAAGAAAUCGGAUAA